AUUUACCUUAUCAUACACCGUCCUCAUUUGCCAAUCUCAAGUCUCUGAAGAGUUUGGCUAUUAGCACAACAGGAACCUCCAAGGAGCUUCUUCCCUCUCUAAUAGGUGAGCUUCCUUCAUUGAAAGAACUGGAAAUGUGGGGAUCGGAAUGGAGCAUGGAGAAACCGGUAUUGUCUUGGGUAGGCAACCUUAAGCAACUGACAGAUUUGACUCUUGGCUCGUAUGACUUUUCUCAGUCAACACCCUCCUGGAUAGGCAAUUUGACGAGUUUGGCAACUUUGGAGAUGUGGGGCUGCAAUUUGUCUACAUCUAUACCUCAUCAGAUUGGUAAUCUCGCAAAUUUGACAAGCUUGAGGUUCGAGGAUUGCGACUUCUUUGGGCAGAAAAUACCGUCGUGGAUCGGCAACUUUACAAAGUUGAGGGAUUUACGGAUAGACAACUGUGGCUUAUCUGGGCCGAUACCCUCGACAAUAGGGAAUCUGACCCAACUCGAAUAUUUGAUUAUCAGGUCUAAUGACCAGCUGAACGGAAAAAUUCCACAAUUGUUGUUCACUCUUUCGGGGCUGAAAUAUGUUGAAGUUAUUGGAAACCAGCUAUCUGGUUCUCUAGAAGACAUCCCUUCUCCUUUAACUUCAUCUUUGUCAUCAAUUGACUUAAGCGACAAUCAACUAUCGGGCCCGAUACCCAAAUCAUUUUUCCAGCUUACAAAUCUUAAUUAUCUCAAUCUUGGAUCGAAUAAAUUCAUAGGCUCGGUUGAACUUAGCUCUGUCUGGAAGCUGAAGAAUCUUGAUUUCUUAAGCCUGUCAAACAAUUUGAUAUCACUCAUAGAUGAUGAAGGCACACUAAGAUAUCUUGAUGCGAUUUCGGACCUUGACCUUUCAAGUAACCAAAUUACCGGGGCAAUACCAAGGUGGAUAUGGGAGAAUCGAACGUACCAGCUCAAUAGUCUGAAUCUCUCGCACAACAUGUUUACUACUGUGGAGCAGUCUCCUUCUCUUGUUAAUAUCGCAUAUUUAACUUAUCUUGACCUCAGUUUCAAUAGACUUCAAGGAAUCAUACCAAUACCAGUAACCACAUCCAGUGAGAUCGCAUUGGACUACUCAAACAACCACUUCUCUUCAAUAGUACCGAACUUUGGCAUAUAUCUUGAAAACGCCAGCUAUAUUAAUUUCUCCAAUAAUAAACUAAGUGGCAAUGUACCAUCUUCGAUUUGUAAUGCAAGCAAAGCCAUUAUCACGGACUUAUCUGGCAACAACUACAGUGGAUCAGUACCAGCAUGUCUUACAGGAAGUGUAAACUUAAGCGUAUUGAAAUUGAGAGACAACCAAUUCCAUGGGGUGUUACCUAACAAUAGUAGAGAGGGGUGCAAUCUUCAGUCAAUAGAUGUGAAUGGAAACCAAAUUGAAGGUAAACUACCUAGAUCACUAUCAUACUGCCAAGAUUUGGAGCUCCUGGAUGCUGGAAAUAAUCAGAUUGUUGAUUCUUUUCCAUUUUGGUUGGGUAAACUUCCAAAUCUCCGAGUCCUUGUCUUAAGAUCCAACAAAAUAAAUGGUACAAUAAGGGGUCUUAAAAGUGGUUACCAAAAUAGUGAUUAUUUCACAAGGUUGCAAAUAAUUGAUUUGGCCUCCAAUCAUUUAUCUGGCAACAUACAUUCAGAAUGGUUUGAACAUUUGCAAUCAAUGAUGAAUGUAACUGAUGACGACCAAAUAUUAGAGUAUCGUACGAAAGCAAGUAUAAAAUCGCUCUAUCAGGAUAAUACGGCUGUCACUUACAAAGGGAACACUCUUAUGUUCACUAAAAUCCUGACCACCUUCAAAGCAAUUGAUCUCUCAGACAACUCAUUUGGUGGUCCUAUUCCAAAGUCAAUGGGGAAGCUUGCUUCACUACAUGGAUUUAACCUGUCCCACAAUGCCUUCACAGGACAAAUUCCAUCACAGCUUAGUUCUUUGACUCAGCUGGAGUCAUUGGAUCUCUCUUGGAACAAGCUCUCAGGGGAAAUCCCUCUACAGUUAACCUCUCUAACCUCUCUUGUCGUUGAUCUUUCAUACAACAACUUGACUGGAAGAAUACCGCAGGGCAACCAGUUUGGGUCAUUUAGCAGCAGCUCGUUUGAAGGCAAUGCCAACCUCUGUGGAAAGCCGUUGUCUAAACAAUGUGAUACUCCAGGCUCAACAUCUCGAAAUGCAUCAGCUACUUCAGAAACCAGCAGUUUCUGGCAGGACAGACUUGGCGUGAUCCUUUUGUUCUUCUUUUCUGGCUUGGGGUUCACAGUGGGCUUCAUAUUGGCGGUCUGGUUCCAAUCAUUCUUCCACAUAGAACGAUGGACUCACAAGCAUUGAUGACUGUUAGUAUACUGUAUACACUAUGUAUGGUGUUUAUCCACCCAAGGACAUGAUAUGUGUGUAUGUGUGUACUCGUAAUUAGUGACAGGUGAAGUCCAUUCUCUGUUGAUAAUAAUGCAUAAUUUUGUGUAUGUGAUUACCAAAAUAGUGGGGUAGUGGCGACAUCUAUAACUGUAUAAGAAAUGUGCUCUUUGCACUGACCUAUGCGCUGGCACAUUUCCUCGAACACCUGGUGCCCUGGUGGUGGUGAUGGAAGAAGAGCGCGACGACGAGGCAACGAGCAGACCGACGGACAGUCGGACACGCUGUUCCUGGGACAU